AAGUAAUGUGCCUAAGGUCACACAGCUAUUUAGUGCUGGAGGUAGGAUUAGAAUUCAGGUCUUUCAACUGCAGAGCCCUUGUUCUAGAUGGACAGGUGGACUGGUAGAUGGGUGGAUGGAUAGAUGGAUGGAUGAAUGGAUGGAAGGAUGGAUAAAGAGGAACUAAACUGAGACGGGCCACGAAUGCCAUGCUAGGGAGCUUGGACUUUACCUCAAGGGCAAUGGGAGGACAUUAGAAGGUUUGAAGCAGGGAGAGACCGAUCAGGUUAGGGUUUUAGAUCAUUUCAACAGCAUUGGGAAGGUACUUUAGAGCUAGUAAAACUUGAGGCAGGAGGCCAUUUUUUCUGACAACUCUCAAUUCCUUCUUGUGAGGAGCCUCACUUUUUUUAAGCACAGAGUUAUUUCUCUUAUGGAAGUCAUGUGUUUCUAUGCACACACUAGACUAUUGAUGGAAGAGAGGAAGAGGGGCUCAGAGCUUUGUGAGGGGACAGUCUUGUGAGAGGUAGGGGCCCAGUGACAAGGGAGGGGCCCAGUGACAAGAGAGGGGCUCUGUGGGAAGCCCUCAGAAUCAAGGGUUGGGCCUCAGGGUUGGGAGGGAGCUCAGAGCCUGGGAAAGUAAUUCUCAGGGAUGGAGGUCGAAUAUUUGGGAUGGAGGAAGACAAGUGGUGAAAAUACUGGCUAUGUUCUGGGGUGCUUCUGUACAGGGGAGCGGAGCACAAUUCCAAGAUGAGAAGAGCCCCUUGGGGCCUCCAGCUACUUGUUCUCCAGGCCCCAUACACUGCCCCUUUGUGUACCUGGGAGGGAACACAGCCAAAGGUGAGGCAGGUGUUGCAUCAGAUGCUAAACCCAGGGAUCAAGUGUUGGGGGUGGUGGGGGGAGAGGUCUGGUGCCUCCUUCUGAGGCAGUGCCCCAACAUCAUUGGCCUUUCCAGCCAGGAAACGCCCCAGGGGUCAGAUAAACCAAAGGAAGGGAGCAGGAUAGCUGGAAGGACCAGAGAACAAGGGGAACUCCCUCCACCUACAACAAAGGAGCCAGGAGUGGCCGGAACCUGCAGGAAGCAGAAUCUUCAGGCUCAGAGAGGUUCUUCGAGGGUCCCAGGCCACAGCAGUGUCCCACCAUGCUGCUCUGCGUCACCCUGAUUCUCAUGAUGGGGCUGUCUGUGUGCACUGUGGCCGGGGACAGCGGAGAGGAGGUGGCACUCAGCACUGAAGCAGGGCUCUGGGUAACUGUAACUCUGGAGCAGGAAGAGGAAGGCGCUGUGCCCAGCAUUCAGCUCCAAGUUCAAGAGGAGAAGAGGGGCAAGGCGAGCCAGUUCUUUGGGCUGAUGGGGAAGCGGGUAGGAGGUGAGUGAUGAAGGUGGGCAGAGCCCAGCAAGGAGUGGCUCUGCAUGGGUUUCCGAAACACCAAGGGGAGACCCUAGGUUCAAGCCCAGGACCCAGGGGCAGUUACUCCAGUCCAGCAGGGGAUACUCACCCAGUGGGAUUGGGAGGGGGGAGAGUGUUCGUACAAAUUAUCAUCCAAACCAGGAUACUUUGGAGAGAGUUAAUAAUCAUACUGGGCAACAGGUGUAAAUUGGGUCUGUCCCCAGCAUAUGGGAGUCAGAUUACUCUUAAGGUGUGGCCAAGUGCUCUGAGCCCUGGCUAGUACCCUACCCUUGGAGAGGUGGAUGACUUUGGAGAAUAGAUAUGAAGCUGGAGAUCAGGGUCUACAGGUGAGCAAACCCACGGGCCAAGCUUUCUAGUCAAUACUAUUUGGUGCAAACUACUCUUAAAAUGAAGCUGUGUUUCCUGAGGGUACUCUCAGCCUGGGAGUCACGCCCUGGGCAAC